AUGCCGCGCGGACGGGCCCAUGGCGAGUGGUGGCGGCUCGCGGCCGGCGCGAUCCUGCUGGCUGCCGGGCUGCAGCUCUGGGGUGCGGCCCACGGGCAGAAGACCGUUGGGGAACUCGUGGCGGAAGACAAGCGGCUGGGAAUAAUGUCAGCAGCUCUGAGCGUCGCCCUCGAAGAUGGUCCCAUCACUCCCGAUGGCACUGCGUACACAGUCAUUGCACCCACGGACAGGGCGUUCGCCAAGGCAACAGAGGACGGCAGUAUCCUGUGCACAAAUAGCAGGGCAUGCGCGUCGGAGAACGAGUUCUUGUUUUCUUCAGGAGUAGAGGAAUUUGUACUUAGGCAUGUUUUCAGGGGGUAUCUUUUCCCAGAACUAUGGACAGAUGGUCAAAUUUUGAGGUCUGUCAACGGUGCCUACUCAAAGGUUGAAAAUCUGGACGGUGGCGCGAUCACCAUCGGUGGUGCUCACUUGGCUCAGAAGAAUUCCAGGAUAGCAGCAGCGGAUGGAGUCAUUCUUGUGGUGGACUCCGUGCUUAAAGACUACAGCCGCCUUGACCCCUCCGCCGUUGCCUCUGCAGAAAGAAUAGCGGAUGUAGGACCUUUCUCCGAUGGCCAGUACAGAGUCCUUGUCAACGAGCUGACGAGCUACGUCACUUGUUACCGCAAAAUUCGUGGCCUGGGGUUCCGAGAUUGGGAGAGUCGCCAACAGUCAGCACUGGUGUUCAGCCCUUUGCUGAGCAAGCCAUCCGAACCUGAAGGUGUGGGCGGCUGUGAAGAAGGCCACAGCAGGAUUGGCGGUGAUCCAGCCCUGAAGGGAUUGAGGCGGCAGAUGUUCGUGGCACCUCCAAGCGGCAAGGCGCAAGAGUGGAGCAAUGGAGUGUUUUGGACCAUUCCGCUGGACGUCGAGCGUCCGGACAGCGAUGAUGACCUGGCCUACAUGACGGUCAUGCAGCUGGCAUCGCUCUUAAGGCAGAAAAAAGUAACUUCAAAGGAGCUGACGGCCCUUUAUCUGGACAGAUUGAAAAGAUACGACGACACCCUGGAGGCUGUCGUCACGUUCACGGACAGCCUGGCAAUGUCUCAGGCCGCCCAAGCCGACCAUGAAAUGGAGGCGGGCGUCUUCCGGGGACCCCUUCACGGAAUUCCGUACGGCCUUAAGGACCUCAUGGCAGUUCCCAACUACCCUACGACCUGGGGCGCGGAGCUGUUCUCGAACCAGGUCCUCAACGAAGCAUGCUGGCCGUACAAGCAGUUGCUGUCCUCCGGAGCUGUACUGGUGGCGAAGCUGGCGACGGGGGCCAUGGCGUGGGGAGAUGUGUGGUUCAAUGGGCGGACGAAAAAUCCUUGGAACAUAGCAGAGGGCAGCUGCGGCUCAUCUUCAGGAUCAGGGGCGGCGACUAGUGCGGGGCUUGUCCCAUUCGCGAUUGGCACCGAGACGUGGGGCUCCAUGUCCUGCCCAUCUGAGACAAUGGGGGUCACGGGAUACAGGCCCACGUUUGGGACCGUGGGCCGAACGGGCGUCAUGUCGCUGGCGCCCUCCCUGGACAAAAUUGGGGCAUUCUGUCGGGAAGCCACAGACUGCGCCAUCAUCGUCAAUGCGAUGCGGGGAAAGGACCCUGAAGACAUGUCAUCGGUCAUUGCGCCUCCGAUAGAUCCCCAGGAUGUGGCAGUGGAGGACAUGAGAAUCGGAUACAUCAAAGAAGCGGACACACAGGUGGUCAGGGAGAUGGCGCAUUUGGGCGCCCAAAUGGUCCCUGUGACCCUCAAUUUCAGCGUUCCCGCCAGCGACGUAGUAAAUAUCAUACUGGCUUCCGAAGCAGGCGCAUAUUUCGACCAGUGGCUGCGCAGCGACGCGAGCAACACCAUGCGGGAGCAGCACAAGUGGCCAGACUAUAUCCGCAGUGCCAGGUUCAUUCCCGCAGUCGAGUACAUUCAGGCCAAUCGUGCGAGAGUGGGCCUCAUGAAGGAGGUGAGUGCCAAGCUGGCCGGGCUUGAUGCCGUGCUCGUGCCGGCGCGACUGCAAGGGAACCAAAACGGGGUGGGCAACGGCGUGGGCACUCCUCAGGUCGUCUUUCCUGUCGGAUUUGAACCAGUGGCUGCCAAGGAAGGGCGGGCAUCGAAGAGAAAAGAUCCCAAGGUCCAGGCCCUAAUCGGCUUGCCAUACUCCGACGCCAAGCUGCUGGCCAUAGUGUCAGCUUACCAGACAGCCACAACUUACCACCUCAGGCGCCCUCCAAUUGACGACGUUGAGGAAGAUGUCAGAGACCUCUGCCUCCCCUACAGCAGGUGCUCCCAAAAGAAUGACCGAGAGGAUAUCAGCGAUGAUGAUGCCGGCGACUUGGCCGACAUUGCGGACAACCUCUGA